AUGAAUGAAGAUUUAAAAUUAGGGUCAAUUCUUUGGCCUAAUUUUUGUUCACCUUUUAGUACAUCGUGUUAUGCAAUAAAUGAGAGCUGUUCCAUUUUAGCUGUUGGGAGUUAUGAGGGAAGUAUUGUUUUAUUUAAAAUCGAUGAAAAUGAAAAUUAUAUAAAUGAUAUAGAAAUUAUGAAUAAUUUAUGUAGUGGUAUUAAUAAUGUAAAAGAUAAUAGAAGUGAAUAUUUAAAUUGUAAGGAUGCCUUUACAAAAAAUAGUGAAUGUAAAGAAAACAUUAAACAAUUCUUGAAUUAUUGUAAAAAUAGUAAAAAUUCUUGUAACUUUGAGAAUACAAAAAAUGUAUAUAUAAAUAAUAAAAAAAAUUAUUUUGAUGGGAAUAGUGAUAGCAAAGUUAAUAUAAAUAAAGAAAAUUCUUCUAUAAAUAAUAGAAUAAAUUUACUUCCAUAUAGCAUUCUAUUUAAUAACAAUAGUAAUACAUGUAAUAACACCAUCUUACAAUUAAAUUUUGGUUUAUCUUGUUGUUCUAUUAUUGAGUGUAUAUCUAGUGAAAUAUUAAUUUCUUUACAUAUGGAUAAUAUGAUAUAUUUUUGGUCAUUAGAUGAAGGAAGAUGUUUUAAAGUUUUAAGGAAUUUUGAUUUUUUUAUUUAUAAUUUGAGGAUUUUACCUGAUAGAAGAUUUCUUCUUAUAUCAGGAGAUAAGAAAGUUCUAUUAAUUGACUUAUGGGCGAACAAAGAUAAAGAAAUUAUCGCUUGUCUUAUCAUUGAUAAUUAUAAAAAUAAAGAGAUAGAUAACAAGGAAGAAAUCAUAAUAAAAAAAGAAAGUGAUGAUAAUUAUAUAGGGGAUAUUGAUGAUAAAUAUUAUUCUUCAUCUUAUAAUGAAUUAGAAUUAAGUAACAUGUCUUCUGUAAAUGAAAAUCACAUAGAUAGUAAAAAUAAUAAAGGAAGUGGUAAAAAAAACAUUUUUUUAGAAAAUAUUCAGAUAAAUAAUAAAAAAAAAGAUAACGAUAAUAAAAUAUGUUCUAUAGCAACAGGAUUGGUACCAUAUUUAAAAGAAGAAAAUCAAAGAUCAUUAAUUCAAUGCUUUAAAUUAUUAAAAAGAAAAUUUUUUAGUAUUCAAGAGAAAAAAGAUAAAAAUGAAAAUCUUUCAAAUAAUGAUUUUAUUAAAGAUGAUGAGAAGUCUAAUAAAUUAAAUGAAGAAUAUAUAAAAAUAAAAGAAAAUGAAAUAAAUCAAAAUCUUAAUAAUUUAUUUUACUGCCCUGUAUUAAUUUGUGCAUCUUUAAAUAAUGGAGACAUAAUAUGUUGGGAUUUGACUGAUUUUCUAAAUUAUUACAAAAGUAAAUGUCGUUUUGUUGUAAGAACUGAAAAAACUGAGAUUGAAUUGUAUAAUGAAAUUAUAGAAGAUAUAGCUGAGAAUUGUAUAUACGACGAUUUAAUUAAAAGAAGACUUAACUUCUCUCGUGAUAUAAACUUAAAAACACAUGAUAAAUGCAUAAAUAAAGACAUAUAUAAACAAAAUCUUGGAUUAUAUGUUAUUGAACCAACUUUUAUUUCAAAUUUACAACAAUCACAUAAUAUUUUAGAAAUUUCUACUAACGGAAAUUCAAGUCAAAUAUCUAUUAUUGAUAAUUAUAUUGUAAUUUUACAGAAAACAAGAUUAAUUAUAUAUGAAAGAAAAAAUUCCUCUUCUUUUUUUGUUCCAUUGAUGGAUUUAUUUUGUCCAGAUUUUCAAGAAUCUCAAAAAAAAAAAAAAAAAAACUCCUAUUGGAUAGGAAUACAAGCUUUAAGAAGUCCAAUAUGGAAAUUUUCCUCAGGUGUUUUUAAAAGUAUUAGUUUUAAAAAAAAAUCAUUUAAUAUUAUGCAAAAGUUAUCUAAAAAUGUAUGUGGUUCAAUUAUAGCAUGGACUACUGAAGGAAAUUUUUACUGCUAUACUUUACCUUUAAAAUUCUCUAGUUUAUUUUUAUCUUUUCAAUCAAAUAUUAAAUCUUUUUUUUUAACCAAAAUUUCAAAACAUUUUUUGGGAUCAUUUAAGAGUCCAGUUCCUAUAAUUAUUCAUAGGAAAAAAUUAUCAAAAAGUAAAGAAAAAGAAAAAAAGAAAAAUAAUAAUAAUAAUGGAAAUAUUGAAAUAAAAAUAAAUAAUAGCUAUGAAAUAUUAACUAAUGAAAAUAAACAAUUUUCAGUGGAAUCUAUCAUAUCACAUAAAAAUUCAAAUGAUGAUAAUAAUUCACUAAAAAAUAUAAAAUACUUAAAAAAAACCAACAAUAUAAAUUUAGAAAAAUAUUCUAAAGGUAAAGAUGAUUUAUUCUUUUUUUUUAUAAAUAAAAAUUAUAUGAAUAGAAUUAUUCUUUUUGAAUAUUUAAACAACAAUUGGUAUAAAACAUCAAAAAUAGAGAAAGUAUGGUUACUACCCAAACAAAAAAAUAUAAAAGAAGAAAUGAAUAACUUAAUAAAUUAUAGUAAGGUAGCAAAUGAUAUAAACAUAGAAAAUAAUAAUACAUAUAUGAAAAAUGAGAAAAAUACAACUAAUAAUGGUAUUAUUACUAAUAAUAUGAUAAACAAUUACAUUAAUAAUGAAAAGAUGAACAAAAUAAAAAAAGAAGAUUCUGAUAUAAAUAGAAAAAUAGUAACAUAUGCUAUAGUAGAAUAUAACUUAAACAUAUAUAUUAUUACAAGUUAUUUAAAUGGUAUUGUAACUAGUACAUUAAUUAAUACCUAUAAAAAAAUUCCAAAAAAUAAAUUAAUUUUUCAUUUACCUUUGCCAAAUGGUUUGUUAAAAAAAAAAUUUUUUAUAACAACUUUAUUUAAUGAAAACAAUUAUUUAAUAGGUGGCUCAAGUACAGGAGAUAUUUUAAUAUGGAAUAUAUCAAAUUUCAAAUUAGUUAAAUUUCUGAAAAAUUGUCAUUUAUCAUAUAUAUGUAGUAUCAAUAAAGUAAUAAAUGAAAAUUUUAUUGUAAACGGAAGUUAUUCAAAUAAAUUACAAAAUCAUUGGAUAUUAUCUUGUGAUGCGUCUAAUAAUUUAAUUUUGUUAAAUAUUGAUGAAAGGAAUUAUGAAAAUAAUAAAGACAACUUCUUUUGUAAAAAUGAUGAAUAUAAAAUAGUUAUUACCACUGACGAUGAAGUUAAUCACUCAUAUAAAAAAAAUUACAAAAAUUUAAAUUAUAUGAAUACAUUUUUAAAAAAAAGAAAUUUAAUUAACAAAGAAAGAAAAUAUAACUUAUUAAAAAUUUCUAAAUUUAAAAAAAAAUUAAGAAUUCGAAAACUCAUUAAAUAUUAUUCAAUUUCUUAUAAUAAUACGUUAAGUUCAAGAGUAUAUUAUCCAAUUAAAAUGAAAAAAGAAUUAAGGAGAAAAAAAAAAGAUGAAAAACUAAAAAAUAUGACUCAUGUAUGUUUCCACUGUUGCUUUAAAAAAUUAGAAAAAAAAAAUGAAAUAAAUUUUAAAUUAAUUAAUAACAUAUAUAUUAAUACUUAUUCUUCUUUGCUAUAUAUUAUUUUAUUGAAUAACAGCAUUUUUAUUUAUAAUUAUAGUAAUGGUCUUUUUUUAAGAUCUAUAUAUGAUUCAGAAUAUGCAAAUAUAUCCAAUAUCUCUUACGAUAAGUCCUAUUUAAAAUUAGGAGUAAAUAUAACUAAUCUAAAUAUUUUAAAUAAGAUAAAAUUAAAAAACAAUGAAGAUACUUUUAAAAAUAAUAUAGAUAGGAAUGAAUAUAUACUAUCUAAUUAUAAAAAUAAAAAUAACCUUAGUAAAUCUUUCUCUUCUGUAUCUUCUUCAUCUUCCAACUUUUCUUUCUUGCCAUCAGAUAAUAUUAAUAAACUAGAUAAAAUAAAAGAAAAAAAAAAUAAUAUUAUGAAUAUCUUAAAUGAAAGUAAAACUAUAUUAAAUGAUCAAAAUGUUUUUGAUAAAGGAAGAAAUAAAACAGACCAUGCAGAAACAAAUGAUAUUUCCUAUAUGAAAAAAAAAAAAAAUAAAAAAGUAAAUUUAAGUAAAAAAAUAGAAGUAUCAAAUUAUAUAAUAAAAAGUCAAAUACCUAUUAUAAGUUUUGUACUAUUUAGAGAUUAUAACUUAUCAAAAAAGUUCUUACCUCUAACAAAAUUACUGUAUCAUUAUUUCUUACCAAAAAAUUGCAUAAAUAUUUGUAAGGAAAUAUUUCCUUUUUUAAUUGAUUUUCCUUCUAUUCCUUUUUCCUUAUGUAUACAUGGAAUAGAAUCUUCUCUUUCUUUCGUUAUUCCUAUAUCUACUCAGAUAUAUUACUUUUCUCAAAUGAAUCCACUGAAAUGGAAAAAAUAUGGAGAUACAUAUAUUACUAUAAGUAAUAAAAGAGAAAAUAAAUAUAUGUUAAAAAAAAAAAGAAAAAAGAUAAAAUAUUUUUAUGAUUGUUUAAAUUUAGACUAUGAUUUUUCUUUUUAUAAAAAAUUUGAAAAGAAAUAUUUUUUAAGUAAUAAAUUUAAGAAGAAAUAUAUUUAUUUUGAUGUAAAAAUGGGAAGUCUAAAAAAUUAUUCUAAAGAUUUCAAAGAAUUAUCAAAAUACAAAAAUUUUAAAAAAUUUGAUAUUAUUAAAAAUAAUUCAUAUAAUAAUCAUAAUAAGUAUUUUAUUAAUAAUUAUACCAAAAGAAAUAAAGUAAUUUUAGGUUUAUUAGAAAAUAACAAAAGUUUUAAUAAAAAUUAUUCAAAUUCAAAUAUAUGUAGUGAUUAUUUUAAAAAUGAAUAUAAUAAAACUAAUGACUCUGAUAGUAAUAAUUCGUAUAAUUUUAAUAAAAAUAAUAAAGAAUGUAAUCUUAUGGAAAACUAUGAAAAACGUCAAAAUUACAAUAUUUUGCGUUAUAAUUAUUAUAACUAUAUAGAAAAUGAGAAAAAAUAUUCCUUUGAAUCCCCAAAAUGUUUUUUAAAUUACUCUGAUGAUAAUAACACACGUUUAUCAUCUGAUAAGUCGAGCAUAUACUUAUAUAUAAGAAAGAGUAAAAAAAAGAAAAAAAAAUCGAUAAUAAAAACAAAAUAUAUCUAUUUUAAUAAUACUAUUAGUAUAUAUUGCAAUAGUUUAUAUGUAAAAACCUUGUAUUGCUGUUUUACUUUGAGAUUUUUAAAUAUGUGGUGUUCAAUUUAUAAAAUUAAAUAUAAUGACUAUAUUAUAAAUAAAUUUAAACAAUAUAUAGUUGAUAAUUUAGUUCAAUAUAACACCCCAAAUUUAUUUUUAUUAAGUUAUAUAUCAAUGUAUCCCUAUGAUAAAAGCAUAAGGUUACAGUUACAAAAGUUUUUGCUUAACAUAAUAGGGAAUAUAAGUGAGAAAAAAUUAGAUAAAUAUACAAAAGCAUCUACAGAAGUAUUAAGAAUAAAUAAUAAAAAAAAAAGAAUUAUUGAAAAAAAUAUUGAUGAAAUUUCUUUAUAUGAUGCAAGUGGAACAUAUAUAAUAUCUAUAAUUAUACCAAAAAUAGGAAGCUUAUUUUUGUAUCCGUUUAUUUAUGCAGACGAAAUUUGUUUAACUUUACUGUUACUAUUAUUGGUAGUUAAAGCAGAAUAUUUAUGGAGAUCUAAAACUUUUUAUACAAAUGCUAAUAUGACAACAUUAAUAAUACAUCAUAUAUGCUAUUAUAUAUUUGUAGAUACUAAGUAUUUUUUAGAAAAAAAUAAUAAAUUUAAUAAAUUUAAACUAUUUCAUUUUAUACAUUUAUUGUCAUUAAGUUUUUCUAUUACAUGGGAUCUUCAUAUAUUAACGCAAAAGGGAAUUUUUACUAACAAUAUGAAAAAUAUUUCUAAUACCUCUUUCAACUUGAAUUUAAAGAAAGAAGAUUUUAAAUUUAACAGAAAACUUAUCAAUAACAAUUAUUUUAAAACACUAAAAAAUUAUUAUAUUAUUGGAAACUCACCAGAAGAGAAAUUAAGUAAUUCAUUAAGUGAAAUAAACAUGAAAAAUUACAUAGAAGAUUAUAUAGAAUACAUAGAUAAAUUUAAUGAAGUAGAAUUUGAAAAAGAAGAAUUUUAUAUAUAUUCGAGCGAAAAUGUUUCUAUAGAUGUAUAUAAUGAAAAUAAUAAUGUAAUUAAUAAAACUAAUGAUAUUUUUAAAACAUCAAAAUUAUACACAGAUAAAUAUUAUCAUAAAUAUAUGAAUGAUGAUGAUAAGAGCAUAUCUUUUAACAAAAACAAAAGUUUAUAUAGUGAAUCCUAUCAAAUGAAUUGUGAUGAUAGCAAAAAGAAGAAACAUAUAUCAACGAUUAAUGAAAAUAAUUAUAUAAAUAUAUGUCAUUUUAUAUUGAAUCUAUUUGAAUUAUAUACAUUAUCAUUAAAUAAUAUUAGUUUUCUUAAAAUUUUAAUAAACAUUGGAAGAAUUGAACCCUUUUUAUUUUUAAAGACAUUGUAUUAUAUAACAGCAAAUGUACAAAAACGUGUAUCAUGUAUUAAUAAAAUAUUAUUUCUCAUAAUUAUUUUAAUUAAAAAUUACAAAAGUAUAUUUAUAUACUACUUGAAUAUAAUAAUUGAUAUAUUAUUAAAUUCAUUAGAUCCUUCUAAUAACGUAAGAAUUUUAUGUCUAAAAUUAUCAACAAGUUUAAUUUAUACUUUAGUAAAACAUUAUCCUAUUUGUUCAUUUAAUAAAUUUACUCAAAAAUUAGCUGUUGUAAAUAAUAUCAAUAAGUGUAUUUAUUUAUAUGAUUUAAAAAAUGCUAAAAAGUUAAAAAUUUUUCAAGGACAUAAGAAAAAUAUUAACUGCAUAAAAUUUAAUACAAGUGGAUCAUAUUUAGCAUCUUAUUCUAAAUUAGAUUUAUCUUUUAAAAUAUGGAAUUGUACGACUACUGGUUUAUUUAGUGGAUUUUUAAAAAUUCAAUCAAAAUACUGUCGUGAUAUACAAUUAUCAAAAAUUAAAUUAAGUUAUUUAUAUUUAUCGGAUGAUUAUAUUGAUAUUAUUUAUAAAAAAAAAAAUGAGUGGAUUUUAAAAAGAGAAGAUAAUGUUAGCUAUUUAAUUUAUAUUUAA